GUUUGCUGACAUUCAUUGAGAGGAAAGGUCUUGUGUAAACAAGUUAAAAAAAUAAGUUCGAAAAAGUUGUAAAUAUCUUGGUUUACUAUUUAUAAAUAUAGUUAGGAGUAGGCUUCAAAAUGUUAAAAGCUGUGAUACUUAUCGGUGGUCCACAAAAAGGAACAAGAUUUCGUCCUCUCUCUCUUGAUACACCAAAACCGCUGUUCCCAAUAGCUGGUCUACCUUUAAUACAACAUCACAUAGCAGCAUGUGCCAAGCUUACAGAUUGUAAAGAGAUCCUCAUAAUUGGUUCAUACACCACAACAACUAUGACUCCGUUUGUUAGUGAAAUGCAGAAGGAAUAUGCCGUUAUAAUAAGAUAUCUUCAAGAAUUCACUCCACUUGGCACUGGAGGAGGACUCUACCACUUCCGGGACCAAAUUAGAGCAGGAAAUCCUACAGCAUUCUUUCUUCUCAAUGGCGAUGUUUGUGCUGACUUCCCGCUUAAGGAAUUAUGGGCAUUUCAUGAAGAAAAAUCAACUGCUAUAGUCACAAUAAUGGGAACAGAAGCAACACGUCAACAAUCAGUUCACUAUGGCUGUAUGGUUCGUGAGCCUAACACAAAGGCCGUUACACAUUACGUGGAGAAGCCGAGCAGCUAUAUAUCUACACUGAUUAACUGUGGAGUUUAUGUCUGUUCGUUACAAGUGUUUCACACUAUGGCUGAUGCAUUUCAAAGGAAACAGGAUGGAUUUUACAAUGGUAACGGUCAAGGCAGUGCUCACCCCGGCUACAUGUCCUGGGAACAAGAUGUUCUGGCAUUGCUCGCAGGAACUAACAAAUUAUAUGCAAUACAGGUAACAAAUUGGUGGUCACAAGUGAAAACGGCCGGUUCAGCGAUAUACGCGAACCGUCAUUACCUGGAAUUGCAUCGGGAUCGGCUCAGCCAUGCGCCUUGCAACAUCCUCCCCGAUGUGUUUGUUCAUCCCACCGCUGUGGUUGACAGUACUGCUGUGAUCGGUCCGAACGUGUCCAUCGGCGCAGGAGUGACCGUGAAAGCGGGUGUCAGAAUCAAGGAAUCUAUAAUAUUGAACAACGCGACAAUACACGAACACACCCUCAUCAUGUAUUCUGUUGUCGGUCAAGAAGCGUCAGUAGGCGAGUGGUCUCGCGUGGAAGGGACACCCUCUGACCCGGACCCCAACAAGCCCUUCGCUAAGAUGGACAACACUCCGCUCUUCAACAAUGACGGCAGACUUAACCCGUCUAUAAGUAUAUUAGGUGCGGGUGUGGUGGUGCCAGCUGAGACGAUUCUCCUGAACUCCAUUGUGUUACCGCAUAAACAUCUAACGCGAAGUUUUAAACACGAGAUUAUCUUAUAGUAUAAUAUUAAAAUCAGCCCAGAUGGACUAGUUUGUACAGAAAUUAUUAAUAAAUAAUAAUGUUAUUGAUA